UACAGAAUCUAUUGCAUUGUUCAAUUCACUUUAACCAUGCAAGGAAAGAUCAUCUUCUACGAGGACAAGAACUUCCAGGGUCGCUCCUAUGAGACCAGCAGCGACUGCCCUGACAUGUCCUCCUACCUGAGUCGCUGCCACUCCUGCAGGGUGGAGAGUGGUUCCUUCAUGGUCUACGACCGCCCCAACUACAUGGGAAACCAGUACUUUGUGAGGAGGGGAAAGUACUCUGACUACAUGCGUACGAUGGGAUUCCACGACUGCAUCAGAUCCAGCCGUACCAUCCCAAUGCAUCAGGGAUCCUACAGGAUGAGGAUCUAUGAAAAGGAGAACUUUGGAGGCCAGAUGGCAGAGCUGAUGGACGACUGUGGCUCCAUUCAAGACCAUUACCGUAUGCAGGACUGUCAGUCCUGCAACGUGAUAGAUGGUCACUGGCUGAUGUACGGGCAGCCCCACUACAGAGGCAAGAUGAUGUACCUGAGGCCUGGAGAGUACAGGAACCUCAAGGAGAUAGGAUACAGUGGAUUAAGGUUCAGCUCCAUCAGAAGAAUCACAGAUGCCUGCUAAAUCCGAAGGCUCAAUUGAUUUUUGUUAAUAAAAAAAAUGUACCACUUUUUUUCUUAUUC